UCAGGACUGGCGAGGCUGGACGCUGCACGUGAAGCCUUGGCAGGCGUGAAGAAUAUCUUUGUAGAAAUUCAGAUGGCGAGUUCUACAGUCCCUUAUCUUUGCAACCCAAUGUUUAGCACGCUCACUCGCAUUAACACUUAUCUUCAAAACAAGAAAACACCACUACAAUGCACAUCAAAAGAUAAUGCGUCCAAAUAUGCUGAUUUGAACCCUAUUUCGAUAAGAUACGGUACCUUUACGCAAGUCGAGGAGCUGAGCCGAGCAGUACAAGCGACCCUUUUUUCAGCUUGGCAGCUACUGAUAAGGUCUCAAGUCUGGUGCAAAUGGUAUAAACCUCGCGCCACACCGCACCAGGCCGGUCCUUGACCUCCCCCCCACAUCGCCCUCCUGGCUUUUCACAACUCUUUGGCCUCCUUGGAGUCGUGGGUUUUCUCAUCAAUAUGUUCAUCGCUGCCGCGUUGAAGUCGGUCCAGACCAAGCUCGGCGUUGAUUUGGGCCAUGCGUUCCUGAUCUGCGCUGACAACGCCGCUAGACCCGAAGAUGAGAUCCAUUUCUUCCAGCGUGAGUUGCUUCGUCUCGGGGACUAUGACAAGAUUAGCAUGAUUCCACCGCAAGAAUUCCAAGAUGACUCCUUACCAAAGAACCAAAUAAAGCCGGCUCCCAAUGUGAUCAACAGUCCGAAAAGGAUAAAGGUGCCGUAUCGGAUGCCGGUGAUCAUGUCCGGAGUGACUUGGCCCACGAUGAAAUUGUUCAUCCAGUUCGAUGAAGCUCCGAGAGCGAUGCCGUAAGGACGAGCCGACAUGGGCCAAAUCUCAGCGACGACGAUCCAUGCACAAGGUCCCCAAGACCAUCCGAAGUGAAUCACAAAGAGCCAAACCAUAGCAAUAGCAGCCCAUCCGGCUCCCUUGUGAGUCGGCCAUUGGUGUUCAUUCUUGGCGAAGAUGAUGGCGAUGAUAAAGUGGCACAAACCCAUUCCCAACGCACCUAGGGCCAGUGCGGGACGUCUCCCAAUCCGGUCAAUGUACAAGAUCGCUGGAAUGGUGGCCAAAAACAUGGCGAUACCAACCACACCGGUGGCCAACAGCGAAGUGGUGUUGGACGACAAGCCGAGGGCGCCAAAGAUCUGGAAGGAUGUUAGCCACGUCUUAAUACAACGCCACUGGAAUCGUUUGUUCUUACCUGAGGAGCAUAGUACAGAACUGCAUUAAUUCCGGUCCAUUGUUGGAAAAACAUGGUGACAGUAGCCACGAUGACGCGGCGGAACAUGGGCAUGGUCCUGAAGAGCGAACCAAUGGCCACGAAUUGCAACUUGAUGAUGUUCAUGGGUGUCAAUGAAGCCAGAUGAGGGAAGUGCGCCUCCACGGUUCUCUUCUCAAAGAUUGACUGGGCCUUGAUUUCGAGGAACUCUAGCUCGAUCAGUUCGUGAUCCACGGGCAUGGAUCUGAGCGUGGCCAGCGUCUUGCGAGCUUCUUGUUCCCGGCCGUGAUGCACGAGCCAUCGAGGUGUGAAUGGCAUGAAGAUCAUUCCAAUCAGCAGGAUGAGGGCAGGGAAGAGCUGAAGGGCCAAAGGGACGAGCCAGGCGGCCUCGGAUUGACCCUGGCCGGUGCCACCGAUAUAGUUGGUUCCAUAGUCCUGAAGAAAGCUGACCAUAAUGCCGAAUUCGAUGGCAAAUUGUUGGACACCAAUAAGCAACCCUCGCAGCUCGGGAGGCGAGCAUUCCGCGACGUACAUUGGAACGAUCAUGGACAACGAGCCUACGCCCAUACCGACCUGAAUACAGCAAUCAGAUUUGGCCCAGAAGCUGCCAAGGCAGUUGUCUAACUCACCACGAAGCGACCGCCCAAGAUGCCAGAAUGUCCGGUCGAUGUUGCUGUACAUUGCACAAUGACCCCGAGGAUGAAGAUCGACGUGUUGACCAAGAUUGCGUAUUUUCUCGAGAUGAGUUCGGCCAAGAACCCAGAGUACAAGGUGCCGAACCAGGCGCCGAGUUCCAAGAUGGAAGUGAGCCAUCCUUUCUUCGUUGUGUUGGUGGUAUAAACUCCCAUGUGGUGAUUGAAGGAUGUCAUGGUCCUAUUUCAUAUUUCCGCGGUCAGCCAAUGCAGAGCAGGAAAGCCUGUCGAGGAUGGACCAGGCCUGAACAGAAUACCACUUACAGGACGCCGCUGAAAACGCCCUGAUUGUAGCCAUAGAGAAGGCCACCGAUGCAAGCGAAACAUGCGAUACCAAAGACGCGGAAGUUCCUCAGUAAGGCCUGCGGACCAGCCUUGCCGGCCAGCUGCAGACGGUGCUGAAGCGCGGCAUCGGUGAAUUGGGAGGGUUUCCUUGCUGUUCCUGCUCCUGCUCCGACGAGGGAGGGUUUCCUUCCAGUUCCGACCAUGUUGACAGGCUCUGGGGAUUAUGGGGAUAUCGGGACUGAAAUUGUAUGCCUCAACUACAAAGACCGGCAAAGAAAGCUGUUCAGGAAGCCGGACGACGACGAUGUUGUAUACUCACCACCCCUGGCAUCAUUAGCAUCUUGCCACGGCUGGCUUCAGGCUAAUUCGAUCCUCCACGACACCACAUGGUAUGGAUGGCAACUCCGGCCUCACCAGGAUAGACGGCUGUGUGGCAGGUAUGUCAUUGGCAGCCUGCCAUGAAUCAUGGUCAGUUGGCCAAAUCAACGGCAAUCACGAUGCCCGGCAACGCUUUGGAUUUGCUUAAUCAGGAAAAGCACGAACAAGCAUCCUGAGGAUCGGCAUAUGGCCGGUGCCAGUGCGGCUUCGAAACGCAAAGCUGGCCGGUUGCCGUGCGCCAAUAGUUGGCGGCGUGUGACCGAAAUUGGAUCACAUCGAGCAAGCGAACGGCAACGUUCAAGUUGUCCAAGUCAGACCCCGGCAUGUUGACUGUGUUCGAUUCGUUCCCAUUUAGUCGACACCACUGCUCGAGCCUUGUGAUGGCCGCUAUGCAAUCAUCCAUCCACCCGGACUGAAGGAUGUGAAUAUCGAAGUGCCGAAGAAUGUUCCACGUAAAACGGCUGAAAGAAAUCUGAGAGGUUGUCCAAAUCUCGCCUGAAUCACGGCUGGGUUUAGUGGGUGAUCAUGAGAGGCUGUGGACCCCCUGUUCCUCCACAUCAUACAGACCGGCUCUGCACAUGUGACGGUGGGUGGGAGUCAACUCUGUACCUUUAGCUUAGGCUAACUGGGGAUCAUUCCACCACCAGUCUUGCAUGACAUGCGCUCGAGGCCUUCUCAAAAUGCCCUGGUUCACAGCUACAGAACAAGAAGCAGUGGCAAGACGAAGUAAGUGGCCAGAACAGACUUUUGUUGCCGUGUGUUGCCGGACACCCGCUCCAACCUCCACAAUUGUCAACUGCCCUGGACGACCCUUGCAUUACUGGUCCCGAACAUUGCUCAGCCGGUGUUGGGUAUAUCGAACAGGGCUAGGCCUGCAUAUCGAUGAGGUUGUUAUGCGUCUCGUAGCUGCAGGAGCAGAACUCUUUCACCUACAGCUACGGAUGUACAUCCACAACUAAACCAGAUGAGGCUGCUCGAAAGCUCACCCGCUAGGGACUCCAGCGUACCCCGACUCGAAAAAUUGCCCUGCUGUGACGUCCUGGGACUUGACUCACAAGUCAACCGUCUCUUCUGCCGGCAAUGGGCCUUUGGACGAUCAUCGAGGCGAAGGCUAUUUUGUUGAAGUAUGCAAUGGACUUCUCCACGAGGUUACUCCCUCGACCUUGUCAAUGGCAGCUUUUAAGCGGAGAAAUAAAAAAUGGUAAGCGCAAGGUGGGUUAAAUGUACAUUGUCCGGUUCGUAUGCAUUGGAGGUUUAAAAAAGCUCCUCGUCCCCAUGAGUGAAACUUCUCCAGGUUGUUGCAGUUGCUAGCUUUUGCCAGUGGUAUCUUUAGGUAUGGCUAUGAUUGCGUUGGGCUUCUUUGCCCUCCUUGCUGCUCCAGCAGCCGCGGAUUUGUUUCCCGACUGUGUCCAUGGACCCCUCUCGAAUAAUACUGUCUGCAACACGAACGCGUCGGUGGCCGACCGGGCAAAAGCGCUAGUUGCUGCCUUGACAAAUGAGGAGAAAUUCAAUCUCACGGGAAACACCUCGCCAGGAGUCCCGCGAUUGGGACUGUACAGUUAUCAAUGGUGGCAGGAGGCAUUGCAUGGCGUCGCCAGCUCUCCUGGUGUGAAUUUCAGCACGUCCGGGGACUUUUCGCAUGCGACGUCGUUCCCGCAACCAAUCUUGAUGAGUGCCGCCUUUGACGACGCGCUGAUCAAUGCGGUGGCUACGGUCGUUAGUACCGAAGCGAGGGCUUUUAAUAACGUGAAUCGCAGUGGAUUGGAUUUCUGGACUCCAAACAUCAAUCCUUACAAGGAUCCACGAUGGGGCAGAGGUCAAGAAACCCCCGGAGAAGACACUUUUCAUUUGAAGUCCUACGUGGCUGCUCUGAUCGAUGGGCUACAAGGCGGUCUAAAUCCGCCCAUCAAAAAGGUGAUUGCCACAUGCAAGCAUUUUGUAGCGUACGACCUGGAAGACUGGAUCACCACAGACAGGUACAACUUUGACGCCAUUGUGUCGACCCAGGAUUUGGCCGAAUAUUAUAUGCAACCGUUCCAGACUUGCGCUCGAGACGCACGCGUAGGAUCCAUCAUGUGCUCGUACAAUGCGAUGAAUGGAGUCCCAACUUGCGCCGACCCGUACAUCCUACAGACUGUCCUGCGAGAGCAUUGGAAUUGGACUGAUGACGGACAAUAUGUCACCUCUGACUGCGAUGCGAUUCAAAACAUCUAUGCGCCGCAUUAUUACGAGCCAACCAGGGAACAAGCGGUAGCCGAUGCUUUGACCGCUGGCACCGAUUUGAACUGCGGAACUUACUACCAAACACAUCUCCCUGCCGCGUUUAGCGAGGGAUUGUUCAAUCAGACGGUCAUUGACCAAACAAUCACGCGGCUGUAUUCUGCUUUGAUCAAACUCGGAUACUUUGACCCGCCCUCGGCGACACCUUACCGGUCGUUGAACUGGUCAGACGUGUCCACCCCAGCCGCAGAAGCGUUGGCACUCAAGGCCGCCGAAGAGGGAAUUGUACUGCUCAAGAACGACGGUCUUCUGCCGCUGUCGUUCCCGACGGACAAAAACACCACAGUUGCCAUCAUCGGCGGUUGGGCCAAUGCCACCACCACAAUGCAGGGCAACUAUUUUGGAAUAGCUCCAUACUUGCACUCGCCACUGUACGCGCUUCAACAACUACCAAACAUCAACGCCGUCUACGGCGGUGGAUUUGGAGUGCCGACGACGGACGGAUGGGACGAAUUGCUAGGCGCAGCAGGAGAAGCCGACUUGAUCAUCAUUGCCGACGGUUUAACCACGUCGGACGAAUCCGAAAGCAACGACCGAUACACCAUCGGGUGGCAGCCAGCGGCGAUCGACAUCAUCAACCAGCUGUCAGGGAUGGGCAAACCAACUGUGUUUCUACAGAUGGGCGACCAACUGGACAACACACCGCUCCUCAACAACCCCAACAUCUCGGCUCUUAUCUGGGGAGGAUAUCCCGGCAUGGCUGGCGGUGAUGCGCUCAUCAAUAUUCUUACUGGCAAAGCUGCUCCUGCAGGCCGUCUACCUGUCACUCAGUACCCGGCCGACUACGUCAACCAGGUCAACAUGACAGACAUGGAGCUCCGACCCAACGCGACCUCGGGCAAUCCUGGGCGCACGUAUAAAUGGUACAACAACGCCGUGCUGCCUUUUGGGUAUGGAUUGCAUUAUACCAACUUUAGCGUCGCUGCUUCUGCCCAAGGUCAGGCACAGACACAAAGCGGGCCAAGUUCGAAUUCCAGUCAAGGUCAAGGAACCUCGUACAACAUUUCGUCUCUUGUCUCGAGCUGCGACCGCUCACAAUAUGCAUAUCUCGACUUAUGUCCGUUUGAAUCGUUCAACGUCAACGUGACCAACACGGGAUCGAAGUUGGCUUCGGACUUUGUCGCUUUGGGCUUCAUCAGCGGGAGCUAUGGGCCCCAACCGUACCCGAUCAAACAACUUGUCGCGUAUCAGCGCUUGUUCAAUAUCAGUGCAGGCGCCUCGGCCACCGCGACUCUGAAUCUGACAUUGGGCAGUCUAGCUCGCCACGACGAGAACGGUAAUGCCGUCUUGUAUCCCGGUGACUAUGGGCUGUUGAUCGAUGUGCCUACGCAGGCGGUCCUGAACUUUACUUUGACGGGAAGUCAGGCCGUCUUGGACGAGUGGCCGCAACCGCCGACUAAGGGGUAAAACCGGACUAGAGUCUAGCGGAGAUUAACUCGAUGACAAGGUUGGCUGUCCUCUGGAUGGGACUAAUGACAUUAAUGGUUGGUUUUGGUUCAUGAGAAGUUGGCAGUUUGGACAAAAGGGAGGAAGACUCUGGAGAUGGUGGACGCUAAUACCUAAGGUAUUUAAAAUACAUCAGGAAUAUACUUGGUACUCUGUACUCAAUACUGUGGUACAGCCCAGUUCUGUCCGAGAAGAACAUGACGUCCAUCGUCUGGUUUCUAUCCAGCACUCGGCGUCCAGCCGCAGCAGCGAGCAGUGGAACCGAGUGACAAUAGGUAUAACUGAAUCGAAAAUGCCCGUCCAGAGAGUGAGAUCGUGCCCUAUAAUGCAGUACAGCGU